AUGACAUCCAAUUUGUCUCCUCGUCUUCAAAUACAGCCUGAUUGGCAAGCAACAGUCUCCGAGAGGCAGAUCGGAAGCAAAAUAUGGCUCAAUAUUUUGUAUCCUGCUUCAUCAGGAAAGGAAAAUAUUUUCGGAUCUUUGAAAUAUGAUGCAACCAAACAGUUGAUCAAGGAUGGCUUACCGGAAUCUUUGGAGAUCGCCAAUGUCGGAAUUAAAACACUUUCUCUUAAAUUUGAAGGUCAUACUUUUAAAUUUGUGGCACCAAGUAGUGCAUACUCAUCACUAUCAAACAACAAAAUUUAUUCAUUGGACAUAUCACCUCUUGGGCAAUUAGGAGUGAUUGGAUGUGCAGAUGGAAGAGCAAGAAUUUGGGAUGUAGCAUCUGGAUCAGUAAGAAGAGAGCUGUCUGGUCACUUGUCUGAUGUGACUUGUUCUCGUUUUCUUCCAAGCGGAAAAGUUGUCAUGACUGGAGGAGCUGAUUUUUUGAUUAAAAUUUGGGAUUUAUCCAAUGGAGAAUGUGCUUCAACUCUCAAAGGACAUAGGGGAGCCAUUAACAGUAUUGAUUUCAUUAAUAGAGGAAGAAAUUUCAUAUCAUCAUCAAGAGAUAGUUCAUGUAAAUUAUGGGACUGUGCAUCACAAUCAGAAAUCACGACUCUGUACAAAGGAUCAUCAUCCAUAACAUGGUGUGCCGUUGCUUCCAAUACAUCAUUAUCAACACUGAAUUCACCUGCACUGGAUGAAAAAGAUUUUGAUACAGAGGGUAAAAUUGGUGCUCUUGUCUCGUCAUCGGGAUUAUUAAGAAUUUUUGAUAUCAGAACCAGGCAGCCAAUUUGGUCUCAAACCAUGCCUUAUGGAUUAAAUUGUUGUACAUUUGUCGAGGAUGGUUAUGUAGUGUUGGCUGGUUCAGAUGAUGGCCACAUUUUGGAUUUGGAUUUACGUAAAACGAAUCAGCAACCACAAGUCAAACAUCCUGCUCGAUCGCCUAUAUUGUCACUUUCAAAUUGUGGAAAAUGGUUUUCAACCGUUGAUGGUGGAUGUUUUUUGAAUUCAGAAGAAGGAAAUAGUAUUGAGUUGACAGGACCUGACAAUGAUGCCGUACUCAAGGUAAUCAGUUCCUCUGAAGGUAAAAAGAUCUUCACAGUUAGUAAGGACAAGACAGUUCGGCAAUACAACAUCCUUAAUUAG